UUGGCGGCCAUGCCGUUCAAUGCUGUUUAUGGCAUCUCAUAUGACAUCUUCACUCGUGCUACGGAGGACGAACUGCCGGAUGGCUGGAAUUCGCCGCGAGCACACACGUACAGAAGGCUCAUCAAGUAUCUCCUAGAGUCGGGUUACACACGCCACCAGUAUUCAGACUACCGAAACGAGAACACAGACGCGACUGAAACAUUCCUUGUGAUGUUCAAUAUGCGAAACGCGUUAGCUCGCAACAAGCUGGCCACCACUGUGAAAGGC